AUGAUAGGGACGUGCGGUCUUUCCACACUGAAGACGUUGCGCGAAGAUGGGUUUCGCGUGACGGGCUUCGAGCGCAGAGAACGUGUUGGUGGUCUUUGGGCAUAUACCGAUGAUCCUUCGAUGACCAGCGCCCUCAAAAAAUACCCAAGUCACCUCUCAACAGACCAGUUCCAGGAGUACAUCGAAUCGUAUGCAAAACACUUUGAUCUUCUUCAAGACAUCACAUUCAACGCCACAGUGACUCGCACAGUCCGCAACGAGGAUGACACGCGACGGCGACUCGAAAUACUUAUCAGUGGAGAAGAGCGCAUAGAGGAGUUCGACAAGGUAGUGUUCUGCCAUGGCUACCAGACCAAGCCUUCGAUGCCGCAAUUUGAAGGCCAAGAAUUUUUCACAGGAUGA